GUUCGAUCUCUUUCUCGUCUUUCUCUCCACUAGCAAUCCUUUCAUUCUCAUCUCAUUCUUUCUCUAAUGCCUACACUCGCUACUGUCCUGUCAUUCGUUACUUUGUUUGCCGGCAUACAUGCCAUUCGCAUUCCCUUCAAGGUGGUUCACGCACACGACCGACCAGCCUCACACGGUCGACGAGACACAGUCAACGCCACAAUCAGCAUAAUCGACUCGACAAACUCAAUAUAUUUAGGAGCAGUCGUGAUAGGUGGGACAAACUACAAUGUGCAAUUAGACACUGGAAGCUCCGACUUGUGGAUACAAGGCAACCCUGCCAACUCAAAGGAUCUUGGCAUUGAAACUAGUAUCACCUAUGCUAUCGGCAGUGCUCAAGGAGAGAUAUCGACCGCGCCAGUGACUUUUGCCGGUUACAACGUCUCCAAUCAGAUGUAUUUGCGUGUCGGGCAGAACGCGACCUUCUCCAGCGGACUAUUUUCCACUGGUGCGACCGGUAUCCUCGGCUUGGGUCCGUCUUCCGGCUCGAUUCUCCGCGGUCAGAUCGGAAACGCUUCUGCUGACGCUCUCGUGGACCGUAUUUUCGAGCAAGACCCGACGACGCCCAAUUUCGUUUCCUUUCUCCUUGAGCGCCUCGGCGAUGGAGCACCUGUUAAUGGCCAGCUCACCGUCGGUGAUAUCGUUCCUGGGUACGAGGCUAUUUCUUCACAGCCCCAGCUGCCUGUGAUCAAGCUCAAGUCCAUCCUGUCCAAAGACCAGCACUGGACAACCUAUGUGGACGGCAUCAUCGGCCCCGACAAUAGCACCAUCUCUUAUUCCUCAUCCGUGCCCAGCACCCCGACGGGCAAACUCGUUACAAUUGUUGAUUCUGGUUUCACGCUUCCCCAAAUUCCUCGCGCCAUGUCUGAUGCUAUCUAUGGUCGAGUGCAAGGCGCUAGCUUUGACACUCAACAUGAAUGGUGGACGGUUCCGUGCAACCAAUACCUCAACAUCUCUGUCGUAAUGGGCGGCGUCACAUUCCCUGUACAUCCACUGGAUACUAUCAGCAGUGAUUUCGGUCUAAAAGAUAUCAAUGGCAACACUGUUUGUCUUGGUACUUUCCAACCUAUCACAACAGCAUUCAGCGUUACCAACGAGUUUGAUAUGAUUCUGGGUGAUGCCUUCCUCCGCAACUCUUACACAUUACUCAACUAUGGCGACUUCAUCUCGAACGGAACAACAUCCAACACUGCCGAUCCCUACAUGCAACUCCUUUCCAUCACUGACCCUGUCAAAGCCAUGAAUGAGUUCAUUGGUGCUCGUCUCCAGACUUACGGCCCCAUCAAUUAUUCGUUGCUUCCCGCAUCCCAACAGCAACAUUCCCCUGUGCCAGCUGGCGAAACGGUGGCACACUACGAAGCGGAUGUACUACGCUAUCUGCCUGAAAUUAUCGUGGGAUGCGCGGCAGUUCUCCUCUUGAUAGUGGGCUGCAUCAUCUGGCGAUGCUGCUGCACCAAACGUCAACGCCUUGCUCGCGCUCAGAAGAAGCGAGGCAUGUACUCGGAGUCCAAGGCCGACUAUCGCCAGAUUGACGAGCCUGGUUCAGCUCCCAUGGGCAUGACUCCACUGUACACACCGGAUCUGAAAUCUCCUGGCAAAGCCUACUAUCCCGACCCGUACCAUCGCUUCUAGAAGUGACGGGCUGGUUGUACAUAUACGGACUCUCCGAACAUGGACUCCACAUUCCUUUUUGUACCCGCUCCUCCAUCUCGCAUAAUCAUGUUGAUACCUAAUUAGCACAUGAGGAACUGCUUCCUCCAAUUCAAUGUC